UUGGGAUUGACUAGGAUUCGCUCAUCUCCAUCAAUUGACCUUAGGACUCUGUUUAAGCGUCAAUUGUGCCCUCGCGAUUCAUGAUCUCUGGGGUCCGCCCGACUGCGGGCCGCUACUCGGGCCCGUAUCGAGCAUAUUUGGGAGUCUUUCGAUUCCAGAGGGUCCCGAGAUGCUGUUACCAUACUGAUGGUCGGAGUCGGAUAUCCAAUUUCUGGAUCCCGACUGGCGGUAUCUCCAAGAAGAAUGUCACGGCAGAAAAAGAGGACGCAAAUGACCUUUUAGUGAGAGGUGGCUUCCUUCGACAGGCAUACUCAGGAAUCUUCCACAUGUUGCCUCUAGGAUUGCGGGUUCAAGACAAGCUAGAGCGUCUAAUUGACAAGCACAUGCAAUCAAUUGGAGCCUCCAAGGUUUCUCUGUCGUCUAUAUCCGCCCAGGAACUUUGGGAGCGGUCCGGACGUUUGACGGACAGUUCGGAGGUGUUCAGAUUUCUCGAUCGCAAGGAGUCUCGGUUUUUGCUUGCUCCCACUCACGAGGAAGAAAUUACCACCCUAGUAGGAAGUCUCGCCAAAUCUUACCGAGACCUGCCUUUGCGGGUAUACCAGAUAUCGAGGAAGUAUAGAGAUGAGCCAAGGCCGCGCCAGGGCCUUCUUCGUGGACGCGAAUUCAUUAUGAAGGAUCUCUACACGUUCGAUCACAGCGUCGAAGAGGCUUUGAAAACAUAUUCAUCGGUGAAAGCCGCCUACACAGAGCUAUUCAACGAGCUGAAGGUGCCUUAUCUGGUUGCUGCAGCAGACUCGGGUAACAUGGGCGGGAACAUGAGCCAUGAAUUCCACUUUCCCAGUUCGAAGGGCGAGGACACGAUCAUCAGCUGCACCAGCUGUGACAGCGUCUACAAUGAAGAGCUGGCGGACGGGAAAUCCCACGGCGCUGAGCAAACGUCCCAUCAGGCGACGCAAACGGAUGGAUUUGACACCGAAGAAAAGUCCAUCAACGCGGCACCCACCGUUUCAACGGGUCUCUGGAUGGCCAUUUCCAAGGACAAGCAAACUCUCCUCCGGGGCUGGUACCCGAAAUUCUCCAUGCAAGACGCAAGCCAGGAACCCGUGGAACGAGAGAUCAAUUCUCAUGCGAUCAAGUCUGUCGCGACCGCAGCAGACAUCGAUCUUGACCUCAGUGUCGAGAACCCCUUAGAACAGUGGGCGGAACAGAUCAAGUCUGCCAAGGCAUCCGAGGACCUUUCCUACCGACCCAAGGUCCUAGAUCUGUAUGAUUCGCAGGUGCGGGUAUACAAACGCCCCCCACUAAGUGACUUGCUGGAGCAGGUCAACUGCGGGAUUGAUGAGGUCGACUACUCAAUGCUGGAUCGGUUCCCCGGGACAAGCAGCGGGCUAGGCCUGGUCAAGAUGCACGAAGGAGACACUUGCAGCCAGUGUGCCCAGGGACACCUGAAAACCCACACUGCCAUCGAGCUCGGCCACACAUUCCACCUCGGCACUCGAUACAGCGAGGUUCUCCAGGCAUCCGUCAUGAUCGAUCGAUCUCACACUGGCGGCACGGAGGACCAGAACGUUCCCAUGCAGAUGGGCUGCCACGGAAUCGGCGUCUCGCGCAUGAUCACCGCAGUCGCCGACAGCCUCGCCGACUCCAAAGGUCUCAACUGGCCGCGCGCCAUGGCCCCUUACGAAGUCAUUGUCGUUCCGGCCAAGGGAUUGCAAGAAGAAGCUGAGAAAGUGUACGACGUUCUCAGCGCGCAGCCCGGCUCCAGCUCUCCGGUCGAUGUCAUCCUAGACGACCGCGACAAGCAGAUGGGCUGGAAACUUGGCGAUGCUGACUUAAUCGGAUACCCGGUGAUCGUGGUCGUCGGCAAGGGAUGGAAGAAACAACAGACGUUGGAGGUGCAGUGUCGCCGACUGGGUGGUUUGAAAGAAGAGGUGCCACUGGACCGUUUGCCCGAGUUUGUCAGAUCUCUACUGGACCGGCUCUAGCGAAUUGUUGUCCUGCAUUUGUACAAUAGGUCGAUGAUGCAAAAUGUAUACUAGUGUUCAUAUACCCUUCACCACUCAGUCGAUCUCAGACCCGCACAACUCCAC